AUGCCAUUUGCACAGCUGGUGAUCGGCCCACCAGGCUCCGGCAAGACCACCUACUGCUACGGCCAAUACCAGUUCCUCUCUUUGCUCUCCAGGCCGUGCAGCGUCGUCAACCUCGAUCCCGCCAACGACCGACUCCCAUACCCAUGUGCCAUCGACAUCAACCGUCUCAUCUCCGUCCGCGAUGUGAUGGCUGAGCUUUCCCUUGGGCCCAAUGCGGCUAUGCUGUACUGCAUUGAGUACCUCGAGAAGAACGUCGACUGGCUCAUCCAAGAGCUCAAGAGGGUCAUGGACGACCAGCGUCAGGGCAAGACGGGACAGAUAGCUGGUCAGGAUGAUCAAGAGACCCCUGUAGGUCCGGUUGGAGCUGGAUUCGAAUAUUUGAUCUUUGAUCUGCCUGGUCAGGUCGAGCUGUCCACCAACCACCCGGCGCUCAAACGCAUCCUCGAGACGCUCGAAAAGCAGCUUGGACUUCGCUUCGUCGCUGUGCACCUGACCGACGCUACGCACAUCACCGACGCCUCUCGCUAUGUCUCGAUCCUCAUUCUCGCCUUGCGUGCAAUGCUCACGCUUGAGCUGCCUCACGUCAACGUGCUGUCGAAAGUGGAUCUGCUGGGGCAGUCUUACAUAUCCCGUUCGAAACGGUCCUUGGAUCGAUACGACCCGCAUAGCGACGAUGACGACUCGCAGGACAACCGCGAUUCGGAUGAAGACAUGCCUGAUGACGAGACAGAUCUAACCGGUCGCGCGAGCAUGGGUCUGCAAUCCGAUAUGGCCUUCAACCUCGACUUCUACACCCAGGUGCAGGAUCUCUCGUACCUGCGUGAUCUGCUCUCACAUCCAUCGGGACCAGGCUCGUCACGGCGGCACGAAAAGUAUGGCAAGCUCAAUGAGGCAAUUUGCGAGCUGGUGGAGGACUUUGGUCUCGUCUCGUUCGAGACACUCGCGGUGGAAGACCGACGCUCGAUGUUCCGCCUGCUACAGGUGCUCGACAAGGCCAUCGGCUACAUCUACGUUUCGCCUUCGAGCAACGCAUACGACUUUGGAGAAGAAGAGGAAGAAGGGGCAUACGAGCCAGGGCGAGCAUCGGCGACUGCAUCAGCUGCACUCAGAGCGCAGGCCCGAGGCGGGCAAAUGGGCGCAGAUCCACAUUCCCUCUUCAGUGUUGCAGACCGAGGCGACCCACUCGGCUGGGGCGAUGCACUCGAAGUGCAAGAGAGGUAUGUGGACCACCGUGAGGCGUAUGAGGAGGCCGAGCUGGAGGCGCGCAAGCAGGUGAACGAGAAGGAGUGGGAGAAGAAGGUGUGGUCCGAGGUGAAGAAGGUGGCCAAGCAGGAAGCCGAGAAGAAGGGCAAGCACACAGACACGUACAAGGCAGCAUAG